AGGGAAAACGGUCAUCAUUCGCAGCCUCGGUCACGCGGCGGACGCGAGGUUCUGUGCGGGAGGGAGGAACUAUCUUGCGUCCGUCCAGUCUCUGUCGAGGUCGGAACUCUACCCCGGCCUGCCGACGUGGCGGGGCGGAAGAGGAGCCGCUGGUACCGAGCGGAUCAUCAUGUCUGAAGCAGCCCAGUCAGCUGGAGACACUCUCCCUCCAACAGAUGACACAUCUCCCACCGAGGCUGUCAGUGACCCUGGCUCAGACCAAGAAGUGCUGCCGGUGGUCACACAGCCCUCAGCGGCACCACAGCCUGCAGUUGUGCUGGACAGGGAGGACCUCGCUCCCCCUGAGCAGAAGUCUGCGAUGGAGGACGCGGCUCUUUCAAGCACAUCAGAGUCCAAGGGUCAUGAGAUCGAAUGCGAUCAACCAGUGAGCCUGGAGGAAGACGCAGACGCUGCUGGCCACGAGGGGGAGAGCGCAGCUGAGGAGCCGGAGAAGGGCUGGGGUGGCUGGGGUUCAUGGGGCAAGUCUCUUCUCAGCAGCGCCACCUCCACAGUUGGUCAGAGUCUGUCCUCUGUGAAAGUGAAGGCAGGAGAAGCUCUGCGCCUUCACAGGACCUCUGUGGGAGAAGAGGCCAGAGAGGAGGAGGAGGAGAGAUCAGAGAGGAGAGAUGGAGGAGGAGAAAUAGAGGAUGUCUCCAGCCCCACAGUCUCAUCUGCUGCUGUAAACAGAGGCGUCUUCUCCACCAUUACCAAUGCAGUGCAGAACACUGGCAAGACCAUGAUCAGUGGUGGCCUCGAUGCUCUGGAGUUCAUCGGAAAGAAAACAAUGACUGUCCUCGCUGAGAGUGACCCUGGAUUCAAGAAGACCAAGAUUCUGAUGCAGAAGACUGCGUCACUGAGCCAGUUGUUGAAGGAAGCCAAAGAGAAGGAGCGAGCUCGUCUGAGCAGUCAGCAGAUCAACGCUCCCACUGCUCACUACGGGAUUCUCUUUGACGACUACCAAGGUCUGUCACACCUGGAGGCGCUGGAGAUUCUGUCCAAUGAGAGUGAAGUGAAGGUGCAAGCCUUCCUCUCCUCGCUGACAGAGGAAGAGCAGGAGGAGGUGAAGAAAGAGCUGAUCGCCAUUAAAGACAUCUUCAUGCGCUCAGAGGAGGAACAGAGCAGCAAAGAUGAAUCAGAGACAAAGGACAAUGCGCCGAGAGCAGAGGAGUUUGUGAGUGUUCUCACUGAGCUGCUGUUCGAGCUACAUGUUGCUGCAACACCAGACAAACUCAACAAGGCUCGGAUGAGAGCGUACGAUUGGGUGAAGAAGGUAGAAGAGCCUGUCACUACAGAAAGUGUUGACAUGGAAAUGUUUGACACUGCGGCUGAAGGAGACAGUAAACCUGACCUGGAUAAAGAUAAGGAAAAGCAAGAAGCAAAAGACGAAACAGAGGGAACUAUGGACCCCAAAUCUGUCGAGGUGGUCUACCUGUCUUCUGUGGGCAGCCUGGCGGAAGUCACAGCACGCAGUAUCGAGCAGCUCCACAAGGUGGCAGAACUGAUCCUCCACGGCCAGGAGCAGGAGAAACCCGCUAGGGAUCAGGCCCUCGUCCUCACCAGGUUAACGUGUGCCAUGUGUAAAGAGGUGGACAGUUUGACCAAGAAGUUCUCCGACACAUUAAUUCUUGUUGGGGGUCAGAGGAAAGCUGAGGAGCUGAAUCCACUGGUGGAUAUUGUUCUUGUGGAGGGCUCCAACAGCACCACUUACAUCCAAAACGCAUUUCAGCUGCUGUUGCCAGUACUGCAGAUCGCACACCUCCGGAACCAACAGAGCAGAACCUCCACGGAACCAUCUCCAGAGACGCAGCAAUAACACACACAUCACCUUCUCAUCUGCUUGUCUAAAUAUAUGUCUGUAUAUAUGUGCCUCUCCAAAUAAUAAACUAACACGAUUAGCUCUACAAAGAUGAUUAAUAUACAACUGUGACGGCAGUUUACCACUUAUUUACCCUGGUUUGAGUUGGGGAAGCUGAACUUUAUGAUCUUGGGUGAUACUCUAAAAAGCUGGACCAAAGCAACUGUUUUGCAAACCUAAAAUGUUUUUGCACUCCUUAUUGACGCUUGUCGUGUCACUUCACUUCUCAGCAAAUUGUUUUGUAAUUACUGUGUUUUUAUGUUAAAUGCGAGAAACGUUAACUGUGUUUGACAGAACUAUUAAUGA